CUAGCUGAUAUGCUCGGACGUCUUAUAUCCCACAAUGACCUUAUACCGCUCACGCCUAGCAACCUCACGCGCUUCCAUUCCCGUACACCACCUAAUAUUUCCCUCUCUGACUAUCUGCGUCGCAUUGUCAAAUAUACUUCUGCCGAAAAGUCCUGUUUGCUGAUUCUUCUCAUCUACAUUGACCGUAUUUGCGAAUCACAUCCGCACUUCACAAUAUCCUCCCUCACAGUUCAUCGUUUCCUGAUCACUGCCGUGACAGUAUCAUCAAAGGCACUCUGCGACUCCUAUUGUACAAAUUCUCAUUAUGCCAAAGUAGGUGGUCUUUCGACCCAAGAACUCAAUGCACUCGAGCUCGAGUUUUUGGCCUUAAUUGAUUGGCAUUUGGCCAGUUCCGGGUUGAUUUUACAGCAGUAUUAUGCUAAUCUUGUUCAACAACAUCCUUGCUAUGA